AUGCCCCACGCAUACCUGGACCCACGGCGACACCUCCUCGUCGUAGGCGUGCUCGCGUUCGUCGUCAUCGUCCUCUUGUCGGCCGCGUUGAGCCCUACUUCUGGCUCAGGCUCCGGCUCAUUCCAGUUCCCUGGGUUACUGCCCUCCAGCUGGUCCAGCAACCAUGCAGCAGACAAGGCCGCACCCCAAGGCCGUCCCGACCUUCUUCGACAUGUCCACAACGAAUGCGCAAAGCCAGACGAGUUUGAGGAGCGGUUCGGACGUGCCAACAUUCGCAUGUCGCGCGCGUACGAAGGCUCGUUUGGCCGCAUGGAGCGGUUUGUGAACAAGGUCCUCGCUGGGGAGCCCGUCAAGAUUGGUAUCGUUGGAGGAAGCGUGACCAAGGGCCACGGUAUCUGGGAGUCGGAGCAGUACUGGGUGCUGUUGGGCAGCUGGCUCGAGUCCUUCUUUGGUCGGUCCGACAUUGUGCGCGUCAACGGCGCCAUCCCGGCCUCUGGAUCCGACUACUUUUCCUACUGCUUCUCGCUCCAUGUCCCCGCCGACGCCGACCUCGUCUUCAUCGAGCUGGGUAUCAACGACGAAGGUCUGCCCGAACACACCGACAACAUGGAGAACCUCAUCCGUGGCCUGUCCGCAAUGGAAAACGCACCCGCCGUCGUCCUCCUCGACAUUAUUGGCAUGGGAAGCGGCCAGAUGGCCGGCUCGGGAGGCAGGAUGCACCUGCCCGUCGCACAAUACUUUGACGUUCCCGUCGUCAGCCAACGCUUGCCACUUGCAAAGCACUUUGCUCGCUUCCCCGAGGUCGUGCCUCUGUACUUUGUCCCCAACUACUGGCAAGACCCGGACCUCCGUCACAUCAACGCGCGCGGCCACAAGGACAUGGCCGGCCUCAUCUCCAGCCUGUUCCGCGACGUGACGUGCGACAUGGUCAACAACCCCAAGCCCAACCGGCUGUACACGUCGGACCCGGCCCCCGUCCUCGAGUCUCUGCCUGGAAGGAACUACGACGCCGAGACGCGCGACGUGCUGGGCUCGGACGCCGUCGACGAGAUCCACAGGCUCCAGGCCGGCUGGCCCACGGAGAUGCAGUCGUUCCUCCACGUCCCCAGGCGCAAGAACGACGAGGACAAGGACCCCGACCCGAUGCUGUACCCCGGUGUGUGGAUGAACCCCGCCGAGUUUGGCAUGCUCCCACGCCUGCGGUCCCUCGAAGGCUGGGACUACAACCUCGAGCACCGCUCGCCCGAGUUCCGCCCACACUGCCUCAGCACACGCGCCACAGAGCCCAAGUUCAACCUCACGCCCAUCGCGUCCGAGGGCUGGGAGUGGUGGGUCCACCCGGACUACAAGGACAAGCCGUACCUCCUCGCCCGCGACCCGGGAGCAAAGGUCACGUUUGAGAUUGACACCGCCAUGGGUCUCAUCCGCAUCUACUCGUUGCGGUCGGCCACGUUUGGCUUUGGCAAAGUGCUCUGCUGGGUCGGCGACGACAGGGAGCACGGCGUCACAGUCGAUGGAUACUGGGACAACAAGGACCUCAACAUUGGCCGCUUCUCAACCAUUGGAGAGUGGCUCGAGCCAGGAAAGCACACAGUCACGUGCGAGCUCCUGAAGGAGACCAGUGACCCCGAGGGACGCACCGAGUUCCGUCUGAUCUCGCUCAUGAGCCGGUAA